CCAUGGCGGGUUGUUUGGCUGGUUAACAACAGUUGCUACGGACUUGCUGUUUUCCUAAAUCUCGCUGAAUAACACACAUCAACAACAUCGGUCAGGUAUAAUGCCUUACCAAUCUAACUCGCACACUCAUACAGUUGCAUCGCGAGUUCACCUCGAGUAAUUUUCUUGACCCCCUCCCAGUUUACGAAGAUCUACACAUGGUAUUGGAAUACCAUAACUUUUAUUGGAAUAUACUAUCAAUGUGUUAGCAACGAGUUAACACUGUUGCAGUUUUUGCGGAAAUACUUUAUUGAAUAUUAUUUGGAACUCGUAGAUUAUUUUCAUCAGCGAUAUUCUUUACAUCAUCAAGAGAUACUUGGCUUCUUUUAAAAGGCUUCCGUUGUAGGAUUCGUAACAAAUUUCUAUACCAAGAUCUAUUUCAUCGUGGUUUGAGCUUUCUCAUUGGAUACUGCAGGCAGUACCGACAAAGAUGAUUCGGUUACUAUGGUUACGGUGGAUAGUGGUGGUGUCCAUGGUGAUGUACACAGCCAAUUAUUGUCAUGGGCAGCAGGCCUUUUCCAUCCAGCCCGAAGCGACGUUCGACCUUAACAUCGGCGACUCCGUUUUAAUGUUGUGCUCCGUUACGGACAAGGAAGGGGUUGUCACGUGGGUCAAGGACGGAACCACGGCACUGUCCAACGAACGAACCAUCAUCAGUUCAGAGAACGAAGCUAGAUUUGCAGUCACAGGAGACGACACCAGCGGGAGCUUCAAUCUCCAAAUAACGGAUCUGGUUGAAAGCGAUACGGGGAUUUACCAAUGUCGAGUAUCGGCAUCUGGCUCAAGCGAAGCUCUUACGUCGACAGAUGCCCAGCUUACAGUCACACCUAUUCCUGUCCAAACAUUUACUUCACAACCCAGUGAUGCACAGGGCAUCAUUGGUAACUCUGUCACACUACCAUGCGUCGUCGAAAACAAGGAGGGCGCCCUGGAGUGGCUUAAAGAUGACACCGUUAUCAGCAACGACUCGGAGAUAACAGACACAAGUCUCACUCGUUACAACAUCGUCGGUUCUGCAUCUGCUGGAGAGUACAACCUCCAAAUUGUUACUCUUGAGAACGCUGACAUGGGGACGUACGUAUGCCGCGUUGCUGCCGCCGGGAACAGUCCCACUAUUACGUCAACAGAAGCCAUUCUGACGAUUCGGGAUUCCAGCGAGAUACAGAGUAUUGUGAUCCCACCCUCGGCUAUGUCAGCUACUGUAGGUACAUCGGCAUCCAUGGUGUGUUACGUUUCAGCUAAAGCAGGGUCUGUGCUGUGGAUCAAAGAUGGUGUCCAGAUCAGUAGGGACAGGGAUCUAGUCAACGGCGAUUCUAGCGGGCGCAUUACCAUUGCAGGAACCGACGAGGAGGGCUUGUAUGAACUUCGAUUCAGCUCAGUUGAGGAGGGCGACGAAGGUGUCUAUUUCUGUGUUAUCACAGCAGAGGGGGAUCAAGCAGCCGUUUCAUCAUCUCCGGCUACUCUCUCUGUAACAGCUGCUAUUGAGCCGAACACUGCCUCCCCAGAAUGUUCCUUGACACCCGCAAGUAUCCUCAGCGAGGGCGAUGUAGUAACAAUCAAAUGUGAGUCCACAGGUGGUUCCCCUCAACCUACACUGACCUGGUCAAACGAUCUCGAUCCCAACGCUUUUACUGGAAACCAAACGGACGAGGAAUCAAGUGCAUCCAACUCGAUCACCUUCCCGCUUACCAAGGAGCUAAGCGGUGUCGUAUAUACCUGCCGAUCUACGCAUCCUGCGUAUAGCGAGCCAAAGGAAUGUUCGCUGCCUGCACUCUCUUUCAACUUGAUUGCAACAAUCAAUGUUACCGCCCAAACGAACCGACUGACCAUCGAAGAGGACAAACCAGGAGAAAUCAUAUGCAGUGCUUCUGGAGAUCCGGUCGUCUUAGGGUACAGAUGGUACUACAAUGGAGCUGAGAUAGAGGCCACAGAUGACAGGUUUGUAAUUGAGACAACCAAUGGCAAGGACGCUUCCACGCUGACCAUAUCAAGUGCAACUCUCAGCAUGGAUGAUUCCACAGUGCAAUGCGAAGCAUACAACCGCAUUGAUCAAAGGCUUACGAGCAUCGUCCUGACUAUCAAAGAGGAUAAUUUGACGACAUACGUGCUUGCUGCUCUCGGUCUCAUUGCAACCAUCAUCUUUGUUGCCAUCGUUAUCGGUUUUAUUGUCUGGGUGUGUCACCGAAUGAAUAAGAAAAAACGAACUAUUCACCCAGAUCCUGAAGCUGGUGGAAUGACUAAGGGAAUCCCCAAUAGGAAUUUCUUCAUCGGAGCCACCCACAUGGAUGGUCUGCCAAACGGUGACAUCAAAGCAGAGGUUACUGACGAAAAGAAGAAGCACAAGAAACACAGGAAACACAAGAAGGACAAGAAAGACAAGAAGGAUAAGAAGCACAAGAAGGACAAGUCAAAGGUCCUAGAGCACGACUCUACAAGGGCUCCCAACCCGCUCAGUACACGAGAUGGUGAUCAUGAUGUCCUGCCAACCAUUACUGGCUACAGGAGACCUGGUACAAAUAGUCGUGACCCCGGUGUCUACCCGACGUACCCUCCUAUGUACCCAAUCGAUGGACACUCGCCACUUCCUCACUAUCAAGAUGGCUACCCUGCGGCUGAUCCUGGCUCAGCUCCUAGGUCAAGUCGAAGAGAUUCCAAGGACAAAUCGGGUCAAAAUGGAAAGAUCUCGCUGUCACCAGGAGAGUACCAAAAGAGAGACGAAUACGAAAGGAAAUUAAGAGAACUUCAAGGGCUGAGGUCGGAUCUAGCUGCGCCUGAACCAGAGAAAAAGAAGAAGAAGCACAAGAAGCAUAAGAAAGAUAAAUCCUAAAAGGCAUCAGCAUGAGCAGAGCGAAUGAAAGCGAUGAAUUUGCUGAGAGGUUCAAGGACCAAGUCACAUUCUUGCCAUGUUUGAUAUCAAUCCGCAAUCAAAGACUGGGACUGCUUCCUGAGUCGUGACUUCAAGGCAACGCCAUCAGGCGAGUGAACAGAGAGGACAAUAUUGGAUUCGAUACUGUCACCCGCCAUCAAAUGGAUGUGUCAAUGUUGAGAAGCGAACCGGCCAUACGAAGAAAUCUGGAACCAAAGUAGUCGACCCUUUGUGGAUUUUGGGUGUCCGCGGAUAGUUUGAAUGGCGGAGAGGACAAGCAUUAUAAUGACAUUAGCUACAAGCGUGCCUUAUUGAGAAUUUUUUUCACAAGCCUGAUAACACCAAUUGGACACCAGACAAUAGAGGUCUAUCACGGUAUCUGGCCACAUUGAUUUAAUUUUUAAUUGGUUGAGUCAGAGGGUAUUUUGACCAUUGUCUUUUUAUCAUGUGCACACGCAAUUGUAUCAAUUGUGCCUGUGUCGUUUUCAUUUAUUUGAUGUAAGAUAAAAGAGCAGCGCGGUAGUUUAUUAAAUACAAUGCUCACCGGCAGGACGUUCUGCCGGGAUCGUAUUCGAACAUUUAUUUGGUAGCCAAUUGCCUUAGAAGUCGGCUAUGUGCUUAAUCAUUAUAAUAUCUGGAUUGCCAAGUGUGCCCGUCUCCCUCAACAUGAACUGGGGACAUUAUCUGCUUUUUCCCCUUAUCAUACAUCCUUUAAAAUGACAACGUUUUAGGCAUUGGUAAAAAUUUUCGGACGCAGGACGAUUUCAAGAUCAGAGUAAAUAUAUUGAAAAUGCAACUCAAAUCACAUGAACAUCUGUGGAGUCUUUGUCGUAAAUUAGUGAACCGGAACGGCAAUUUCGUUCCAAGUUUCGGAGCCACGAAAAAAAAAAUGUCGUUUGUUUAGAGUCCAGGACGAAACCGCUGUUUUAAUUUGCAAAUUUUCGGCAAAAGCUCGAUGGUUGGUAGUUGCCAUGAAUGGAUUUUUACAAAACCUUUUUAAUGGUCGUGAAAACGUUCUGCGUGCAUGUAUUGUGUUAAACAAAUAGGCUGUAGAUAAGCUAUUCAACUCGUCUCUUUUAAGAUUGUUUCUUAGAUGUCAUAUAUUGGACAUAACAUAUUGUACUAUAUUUCAAGAGGGGCCAACUUAUGAGUUUGAUUUUGAGAGUUUAGUUUGUUACCUUGGCAAUAAUUUUUGUUAAGUUCUAAAAAAGUGAUGUUUCAAAGUUCAGUCUUUCGAUUUUGUAAUCAUUUUUAUAUCACAUUUAUGUUGGUUUCAACUCAGAACUUUUGCAGUUUUUGAUGUUUGCAUUUAACAUGAAUCACCUUGUGAAACUAAUUUUUUAUUCGAAAAAUAUAGAUUUGCAUAAUGUUUGAAUAUUCAAAAUUGAGCGGUGUUGAUUGAUGAUAAUACAAAUUUAUUGUAAAAAUAAUAGCACAUCAGAGCAGGGGAAUCUGACUAAAAUAGAGGCUCUUUGAUCUCUCUAAAAACAACCAUGUUUUAUUAUGUUACUAUUACAUGUAUUUAUCAUUUAUCUAUUUUAUCAGCCAGCAUUUUCAGUUUAUCUUCUAAAAUAUAAAUUCAUUCGUGUUUUUCGACUUUUAAUGAAAAAAAAUGUAUUGAGAAAUCAAUGGUUUUGUGAUGUUAGCAAUAUACGAGUCUGGAUAUAAAUGAUCAAAAUUGAAAUAUGCAAAUUGAUGUUAUGAAAAUAAUGUGUUAAUUAAAUAUGAAUGCAACUAUUA